AUGCUUAAGCUUGAAGUACAAGACCAAUGUGCAGCUGUCCCGGUUCCUGGAUAUCUUUCAGUCUUCACCGCCACCGUAUCAGGGCUUUUAUCACUUGUCGCUGUUCCUUGUAACAUCUUCGUAUGCCUCACUAUCAUGAAGAGCCCUCCUCAGUUCAAAAGCUUACGCACACCCUUUACUUACUUCAUUCUAAAUCUUGCUGCGACAGAUUUGCUCGUUGGCGCCGCAACUGAACCUGUCUCAGUGGUUUAUCACUUUAUGGAAGCGUGUUCUGUUACUUCUCUGAGAUUAAUCAAGAUUUUACACGUUCUGUAUUUCCUUCCGUGUACGGUGUCUGUAUUCAGUAUACUGGCAUUAACCCUCGAGCGCUGCUUUGCAAUUUCUAAGCCUUUAAAGUACAGACAAAGUGUGAAUAACUCCAGAGUGUUGCUUGCUGCGGGCAUAAUAUGGCUUUUGUCGCCCAUGUUCCUCGCACCUUAUUUUUAUCUAGGUUACCGCGCCUUUGCGUUCUUUUUCGCAAACUCUGUGAUCCUUCUAACAUUAUGUGUGUCAGUUACUGCGUACUUGAAGAUAAUUAAAACCAUUCGACACAGGAAGAAAUUCCGCAAGGAAAGUUUACAGGGGCUGUGCAUGGCUAAUCGAAAAGCAACGAUGUUCGAAGAGAAGCUUACCAACACAUUCACUUCGAUUCUGAUUCUGUUUGGAGUUUGCUACGUUAUACCAUGCAUUCUGAUGUACCUAAUGAAUUUAUGUACAUUCACUGGUUGCGUGACACAUCUUUCCUUGGCGUGA